CGGGCAGCGCCGCUCGCGCUGUGCCCUGCCUGCGCGUGUGAGAGCGAGCGGGCGUGUGCGUGGCGGCGAGCGGCGGUAUAUAGGGGAUGUGCCGCCGCAUGGCUCGCCCUGGCCGCCGCCGCGCCGGGUCUCUCCUCGGGCGCCGGUGAAGCCUCUCGCCCUCCGGCUCGGCGGCCGCUCCUCCGCCCGCGCCUGGCGCGCCGAACGCGGCUCCCGGCCUCCCUCCCGGGGCUGUUCCCGGAGCCCCGCCGUCCCUCCCGAGGCGGCCGCCGUCUCCCGCGGCUUCUACGCUCCGGGGCGAGCGCGUCGAUGCGGUGCAGAUGGCCGGGGCGCAGCCAGGAGUGCACGCUCUGCAGCUCAAGCCCGUCUGCGUCUCCGACACGCUGAAGAAAGGCGUCAAAUUCGUCAAGUGGGACGAUGACUCAACUGUUGUGACUCCAAUAAUACUCAGAACAGAUCCACAGGGAUUUUUCUUCUACUGGACAGAUCAAAACAAGGAGACAGAGCUGCUCGAUAUCAGUCUUGUCAAAGAUGCCAGAUGUGGAAAACAUGCCAGAGCUCCCAAGGAUCCAAAGCUGCGUGAGCUGUUGGAUGCUGGGAAUGUUGGAAGUCGACUGGAAAAUCGAAUGAUAACUGUUGUCUAUGGACCAGACCUGGUCAAUAUAUCGUACUUGAACUUGGUGGCAUUUCAAGAGGAUAUAGCGAAGGAAUGGUCAGAUGAAGUGUUCAGUUUGGCAACAAAUUUGUUGGCACAGAACAUGUCAAGGGACGCAUUUCUGGAAAAAGCAUACACAAAACUUAAACUACAGGUGACUCCAGAAGGACGCAUUCCUCUGAAGAACAUAUACCGCUUGUUUUCUGCUGACAGAAAACGUGUAGAGACGGCAUUAGAAGCCUGUAAUCUUCCAUCUUCCAGGAAUGAUUCAAUCCCUCAAGAUGACUUCACGCCCGACGUGUACAGAGUGUUCUUAAACAACCUCUGCCCUCGACCUGAAAUCGACCACAUCUUUUCCGAGUUUGGUGCCAAGAGUAAGCCAUACCUUACUGUUGAUCAGAUGAUGGAAUUUAUAAAUCUUAAGCAACGUGAUCCACGAUUAAAUGAAAUCCUUUAUCCACCAUUAAAGCAGGAACAAGUUCAACAACUGAUUGAGAAAUAUGAACCCAACAGUAACCUAGCAAAGAAAGGACAGAUAUCAGUGGAUGGAUUUAUGCGAUAUCUGAGCGGAGAAGAAAAUGGCGUUGUUCCACCUGAGAAACUGGAUUUAAAUGAAGAUAUGUCUCAACCACUGUCACACUAUUUCAUCAAUUCCUCACACAACACCUACCUCACAGCUGGACAGCUGGCUGGGAAUUCUUCGGUGGAGAUGUAUCGGCAAGUGCUUCUGUCAGGCUGCCGCUGUGUGGAGCUGGACUGCUGGAAAGGGAGAACAGCUGAAGAAGAGCCGGUCAUUACACACGGGUUCACUAUGACAACUGAAAUAUCAUUCAAGGAAGUAAUAGAAGCUAUUGCUGAGUGUGCAUUUAAGACAUCGCCCUUUCCAAUCCUCCUUUCCUUUGAAAAUCAUGUGGAUUCCCCUAAGCAACAGGCAAAAAUGGCAGAGUACUGCAGAUUAAUAUUUGGAGAUGCAUUGCUUAUGGAUCCAUUGGAGAAAUACCCGCUUGAACCUGGGGUCCCUCUUCCAAGCCCUAUGGAUUUAAUGUACAAAAUUCUGGUGAAAAAUAAAAAGAAGUCACAUAAGUCUGCAGAUGGAAGUGCCAAGAAGAAGCUCUCAGAGCAAGCUUCCAACACGUGCAGUGAUACAUCUAGUAUGUUUGAGCCUUCGUCCCCAGGAGCAGGAGAAGCAGAGAUUGAGAGCGAUGAUGAUGAUGACUACGAUGAUGAUUGUAAAAAGUCGUCGAUGGAUGAAGGUACUGCUGGAAGUGAGGCUAUGGCCACAGAAGAGAUGUCUAACCUGGUGAACUACAUUCAGCCUGUGAAAUUUGAAUCAUUUGAGGUAUCAAAAAAACGCAACAAAAGUUUUGAAAUGUCUUCCUUCGUGGAAACCAAAGGGCUUGAACAACUUACCAAGUCUCCUGUGGAAUUCGUGGAAUACAACAAAAUGCAGCUAAGCCGAAUUUACCCAAAAGGAACACGUGUAGAUUCUUCAAACUACAUGCCACAAGUCUUUUGGAAUGCUGGCUGCCAAAUGGUGGCUCUCAAUUUCCAAACAGUAGAUUUGUCUAUGCAAAUAAAUAUGGGAAUGUAUGAGUACAAUGGCAAAAGUGGAUACAGGUUAAAGCCAGAAUUCAUGAGAAGACCAGACAAACACUUUGAUCCAUUUACUGAAAGUAUUGUGGAUGGAAUUGUAGCUAACACCUUGUCUGUGAAGAUUAUUUCAGGUCAGUUUCUUUCCGAUAAAAAAGUUGGUACCUAUGUAGAAGUUGAUAUGUUUGGCCUGCCUGUGGAUACAAGAAGAAAAGCUUUAAAGACCAAGACCUCACAAGGCAAUGCAGUUAAUCCUGUCUGGGAGGAGGAAACUAUAGUGUUUAAAAAGGUUGUUUUACCUACCCUGGCAUGUUUGAGGCUAGCGGUGUAUGAGGAAGGAGGGAAAUUUAUUGGCCAUCGGAUAUUACCAGUCUCAGCAAUUCGACCAGGCUACCACUACAUCUGUUUGAGGAAUGAGAGGAACCAACCUUUGACACUGCCAGCUCUCUUUGUGUACAUAGAGGUCAAAGACUAUGUGCCUGAUACUUACGCAGAUGUGAUCGAGGCCUUAUCCAAUCCAAUCAGAUAUGUAAACUUGAUGGAGCAGAGAGCUAAGCAAUUGGCAGCACUGACUCUGGAAGAUGAAGAAGAGGUAAAGAAAGAGGUGGACCAUGGAGAUGCACCAUCGGAAGCUAACAGUGAACCUAGGCCAGCACCAGCAGAAAAUGGAGUAAAUCACACUGCCUCUCUUACACCGAAACCAGCAACUCAGGUUGUCCAUAGCCAACCAACACCAGGUUUGGUGAAAGCACCUGCAAAGACAGAAGAUCUUAUUCAGAGUGUCCUCACAGAAGUGGAAGCACAGACUAUUGAAGAGCUAAAACAACAGAAGUCAUUUGUUAAGCUUCAGAAGAAGCACUACAAAGAAAUGAAGGACCUUGUUAAGAGGCACCACAAGAAAACCACUGAUCUUAUCAAAGAGCACACUGCAAAGUAUAAUGAAAUCCAAAAUGACUAUCUGCGGCGAAGAGCAGUUUUAGAAAAAACAGCAAAAAGAGACAGCAAGAAAAGGUCUGAAACGGGCAGUCCAGACCAUGGUUCAUCAACUAUCGAGCAAGAAUUGGCUGCCCUUGACUCUGAAAUGACCCAGAAGCUAGUCGAGCUGAAGGAAAAGCAACAGCAGCAGCUGCUAAACCUCCGACAGGAGCAGUAUUACAGUGAAAAGUACCAGAAGCGGGAGCACAUUAAGCUGCUUAUUCAGAAGUUGACUGAUGUAGCAGAGGAAUGUCAGAACAGCCAGCUAAAGAAACUGAAAGAAACGUGUGAAAAAGAAAAGAAAGAAUUGAAGAAAAAAAUGGACAAGAAGAGGCAGGAGAAGAUCACAGAAGCAAAAUCCAAGGAUAAAAAUCAAAUGGAAGAAGAGAAGACUGAAAUGAUUCGAUCAUAUAUCCAGGAGGUGGUGCAAUACAUAAAAAGGCUAGAGGAUGCUCAGAGUAAAAGACAGGAGAAACUGAUAGAAAAACACAAGGAGAUUCGUCAGCAAAUACUGGAUGAAAAGCCCAAGUUGCAGGUGGAACUUGAUCAGGAAUAUCAAGACAAAUUCAAAAGACUGCCUUUGGAAAUUCUGGAGUUUGUACAGGAAGCCAUGAAAGGGAAAAUCAGUGAAGAUGGAGACCACAGUUCUGCCCCCUCUUCUCUGGCAUCUGACAGUGGGAAAUCAAAUCAUAAACCUCUGCAAAGUGAAGAGGAAUUGGAAGAAGACAAUUCAGAAAAAGUGUUUGAUACUACUUUUUAACUGCCCAAGCACUAAUUGGUGCGCCAGGGCACACCACUCCCCAACUACUUGGCUCUGCUUUCCUGAUGUGAGCUGCAAGUGAAGCACUUAGGAAGGCAGGAGGAAUCUGUAUUCAAGUGCACAUUUCCCAAAAGGAACGUUUUAAAAGACUUGUGCAAAGGUCUUCAUUCCCAUUCUUCAGCUUAUUAUUAUGCUAAAGCGUAGUGCAGUUGUAAUGGGAAAAUUAAUAUGUUCACCAUCCUCUCUCUCUCUUUUGUUGUUUUUUUUGGGGUUUUUUUUGGUCAAUUUUCAAUGGGUAAUUUUCUGACCAUGUUCACUGCUAGGAAUGUUUAAUGAAGACCAGUAUAUUGAAAAGAGACAAAUGUGUGCAGAUUUCCUUUUGAAGUGCCAGUGCAAAGUACUCUAAACUAAUACAGAUCCUAGAGAAUAUUAUAACAGUACUUAAUUAUAUUUGUUUCCUACUUUAUAACUGCACCUUGACAACCGUACCAUCAUCUUACAUUUGCACUGAAACAUUUAAUCCUUUUUAGCUUUGCAAGCACUGGUGGCUUGCUGUCUUAAUAUUAUGUUUAUCACGGGGACAGAAAUAUAAUUGCUGCUGAAAACUCUUGGAACUGUGGAGAAGAGAGAGAAAGAGAAGAAAUUUGCCUGGAGAUUGUUGGUGUUUGUGUACGUCCGUGUUUGUUACACCGUGUGAGUGCAUAUAUGUUGGUGUAUAUAUAUAUGUGCACACACAUCUGUCUAUAUGCACACAUGGCAUGUUUAUAUUUGAAGUCGAUGUGGUCUCUUGGUGAAAUGAAAAGUUUCAGGGAUACGUGUAUAGAGAAUCUUUAUGAAAGCUAACAUCUGGGUUGUACUGAUAUAAAAUAGUCAUUCAAUCAUAAAGUUCUUUUUGUGGUGUUAGUGUUGUAAAUCAAAGUAGUUUUAGAAUAUAAAUUUGAUAUAUAUUUUGCAGACUUAAAAGUAUUGAUUUUAAGUAUCAUAUUUUAAGCUUACUGAAUUUGAUAGGAUUAUGAAAUGUUUAGGACUACAGUAUUUGAAAUUGAGCAGAAUCUUCCAUUAUUUUUAAGACCGAGGUUCGGUUUUAUUACGGUCUGGAAUUUAAAAGGCAAAAUAUAAAAACCUGAUCAUUGAUAUUUAAAAAUAUAUAUUAAUCCAUUUAACUGACUAAAAUAAGAAGAAUCAAAGUUUAUGUACUGUAUGAUAUGCAUGAGAGAAGUAACAGCACAUUUUCAGAAAUUUAUAUCAAAUGACAAAGAGACUUCAUGAAAGUAGGAUAUAUGAAAAGGUAAAGAAAUGCUAUUCUCUGGCAUCCCAUAUUAACAGAAAUAGGAAUUAUGAAACAUUACAGAUUGAUUCUUGUUUGUGUCCGAGCCAUUGCGUGAUGCUAAAGGCUCUUCCCUAGGAUGUGUAGUGAAAAGGCGUGCAGAUUUGCAUAGAGAGGCUUGGUCCUGCAAACUCACAUCCACAACUGACACUGCAUACCGCUGGGCUCAGUGGAACUUCUUUAGGUUAAUAAUGUUCAUAUACGUGUUUGCAAGAUCGGGGCCUUACUUUGUAUUCAGCAGUGGAGAAAGAAAUCAAUUGCAUAGGGAGGCAUUUUAAUACAUCAUAACAAGAAAGUUACUUUUCUUCCUUUCCCUCAGGAUUUUAGUACUUUAAAGUAACAUUUUAUUUGAAUUUAAGCAAUAAGAUUCAAAUUGAGAUUAAGAUUUCAGUUAAGGAAUUGUGUAUAUAUUUAAGUUCAAAUUAUGGAAGACAAACAGUAUUUUCAUGUUUCUUUUUUAAACUUAGAGUGGAAAAAAUUGCACAGUUUGGAGAUUGUAUUUUGGAUUAAAACUGUCUUGAUUUAUGAUAAUGAAAGUAGUGAGCAUAAAACUCAAAAAUCUGACUUCCAUCUUAAUACUAGGAAAGGGGAAUCCUCUGUAAAUCUUUAUUUUGCACUUUGAAAUCGAUAUUAAUCAUUUAUGGAAAAUGAAGAGUCAAGAUGUAAUGCUGCAUUUUAUAAAGUGAAAAUGACAUUGUUUAAAUUAUUAGAAGAAUAAACUGAUAGCAGUGUUGACAAUAAAACUGAAGACUGUCGCAUUACAGAACUCAUUGUACAGUGCAGGCUUUUAGGUAAAAUCUUAGCUCCUUUGAAUUUCACUGGUACACUCCCAUGGACUUCAGCGGAGCCAGGGUCUCACCACAGUCUUAGAAGAAACUUGGGCAAAUACCAAUUAAUCUUUUAUUUAUAUUUAAAAAUACAACAAAACUAUUCUGGUUGGGUUAAGUAUACUAUCGGCUGUAGUCAUUUUACAGUACGUUUGUAUUUGACCAUUUACUGUACUCACAUUUUUUUAUAUCUGUACAGUGCCACUUUCUGCAGGUGUAAGGUAGUGUGUAAUACUGUACAUCUUGCAUUGUUCAAACUAUUUCAGUGAAACAGAUUUCAUUUAAUAUUGAUAUUACUUGAACUAGAGUAAGAUAAUGAAAAAGGGUCUUUAUGAUGUGCAAGUCUUGUGCCUUUUAUGUAUUUGCCUUGUUCCGUGUUGAAUGUGUGGAAAUGCUGUAUUGUGGAUUUUCUGCUGUAUAGAAUAGAGCAGUCUAUAUUAAACUAGGUCGUGCACUUCAGAUAUCUUUACACUACUGAAAAUAGCUUGGUUUUGGCAGUAUAAACAGAAUUUUAAAAAUUCUAAUGACAGCCAGACAUUUUAGAUUUAACAUGUUCAUAAUUAUGUUAAUUAAUGCUCAUGUAUUAGCUAAACAUUCACUGAAAGAUAACUAAAGGGACAUCAUUGCUUGCCUUUCUUUCAAAUCAGUGUUGCUCUUGUACAUUGUAUUAAUAGUGUCUGUAAUUGAUUAGUCCUUGAUGAUUUGCUUUCAAAGUAGGAUGAAAUAUUUCAGUUAAAAUGUAUAUAUUUUUUUUGGUUCUUCAAUCUAUGAUUGUUUCAGAGGCAUAAUUCACAUUUUUGUAAAAAUUCUAUGCAAUUUUGUGGCAUGAUGUUUCUUCCACUUGUAAUUUUAUGUGCUUACAUUACAGAUCCAAAGGACAAAUAAAAAUUUCUUAACACAAGGUGGUUGUUUUCUCUGUUCAUUCACUCACAAGUGGCAGUUGACUCCGGAAACCUUCCUGACCUCGAAGACCUUAUGCCGAGCCCUUUGCUCACAAGAAGAGCAGUGGCACAAGGCACCAACAAAUUCCCCCCAUAGGCUCUUCUGUUCACAAAAGUAAGAACAAGAAACUGUAUGUAAGGGUCUCCUCUGCCCCUCACAGGGAAAAUGUGCAUUUGCUGCUCUUCUGAAAAAAACAAAGAAAACAGGAAACAGGAAAAACGCAUGGCAGCUCAUGAACCACUAAGAAUAUCUAAUGGUUUACACAACAAGUUAUAGAAGAACAAUUGCAUGAUUUUUCAGUCAUACCUGUAAAAUACCUCAACAUUUUAGAGCUGCCUUACUUCUUUUCACUUCCCCAGAUGUGCUGCUAAUCAUCUAUGCAAUUAUAUAUGUGCUGUGAAUUGUACCUGUGCAGAGGCCUUCCACUGAGAGCACUGGAAAAUGAAUCUGUUC